AUGUGAAAGGUGGUGUGCGGUCCGUACAGGCGUGCGCUGCUGCUAGCAGCGCUAGUGGGAGCGAGGGCAGCAACAGUAGGGUGUAAAUGGGUAAAAGCGUUACGAGGCGCCGGGGCAGAGGGAGUGGUAAAGAUGGGGGUAGGACCGGGGGAGAGGCAGGAGGACGUGCUUCCUUUGCUCAAGAAAUGCGCUGUAGAGAUGGACCUCUCGCACCAUGUAUGGGAGCUCUAACUUGGUGUGAUGUGAUGAUGUGUGUAUUUGGUGUGUAUUGGAGCUCUAACAUAACAUGGUUUUAAAACCAUGUGUGAUGAUGCUGAGUAUUCGGUGUAACUUGGUCCACCCUAGGUUCAGUUCCGAUGCCAGCGUAUUU